CUGAACUCACAACUCCAAACACAAUAAAUAAAUAUGUACGACAUAUCAACAUUUUUAUAUUCAACUUGUGAAGCUAUAUUGAACAUUCUUUGUCCCAAAAUCAGAAAAGGUUAUAUUCAACACUUUCUCCAUCCUAGGGUUUUCCUUUUCAUUCUUCUUCCAUUCAGAGCGCCGAGAGAGAAUAAGAACAGUGCAAUGGUUCGCAAUCAACAAGUAAAAGUGUGUAGUUCUUGUACUCACCACUGUAGAUUCUUUGAUCACUUUCAACGAACAAAAUCUACCUCGCCCAACUCUUUCUACAACCUCAUGCUUUAUCAACGAGAUUUCCAAGUUUUGGAUCUUCCUUCUAAGUUAAAUCCUACUAUGUCAUUGUUGGUUGAUCAGAAAAUCAAUCUUGAGGAUUCAACCGGUAAGAGAUGGGCUAUAACAGUAUCAGAAGUUGAUGGUUCUUUUGCUUUUAAGAAAGGAUGGGAUGAUUUCUCAUCGGCUCACAAGCUUGAAAUUGGAGAUUUGCUUGUAUUCAACUGCAUUAACAAGUAUAACUUUGAUGUCAAGAUCUAUGACCAGUCUAUGUGUGAAAGGAUUGAUUUUUCUGACAAAAGAAAGAGGAAAAAGAGAAGUAGAUGCAGCAGUGGCUCACUUGAUGCAGGAGGAACACCAAAUAGCGUAGAAGUUGUUUCAGAAAAUGUUAAUGUGGAUAGAAGCGUCAAAUGUCCGCGCACAUCAGAAGACACAUCAUACAUAAGAAACCAUGUAUAUCUAAAUGAUGCUGCCAUUUUUAACAAUGAUCCUAUGUUUGAAGAAGUGUUGGGCUCAGGGGAUACCUCAUACGCUUCUAAAUUUGGAUUGUUGGAUAGAAAAGAUUUUUUUUGGAGUCAAGUUCAAGAUAGCCAAGUCACCGAGAGUUUAGGAAGUGAUCAAGCCGCGAUAUUUAAAGGAAAUCAUGUUUCAUGUGCAUUUGGUGCGUCCACAGAGCCACAGAGCCCUAUAUUAGAGGGAGAAUCCAUUACGUCCACAGAGCCACUUGAUUCUCAAAUUCAUAUUGAGCGGCCAAAGGUUGUUAAGGGAGAGUUGAAUCGAGAUAAUAGCGAGAACAGAUCGAUUAUUUCCAAUGGAGAAGUUCAGGAGUGCCAGCUUGGCGUGAGCUUAGGGCCGAUAUCUGUAGAGUUGCUCGAUGAGAUGACAAAUGAUCUAGAUGCGCAAAUGCACAUUGAGUUGCCAAAGCCAAAUGUUAUUAAGGGAGAGAUUAAUCAAGAUAUUAAAAGUCACUUUGAAACUGCAGCCACUAUCUCCUGUGAGAACACCAGACAGAGGUUCAAUGAAAUGUCCAAUCUCUCAGAUGAUCAAAGUCACCUUGGUGUAAAGAAGAAAAUGCCAAUGGAAAUGACUCCCAAUUUGUUCAUUUGCAAUGAAAAAUUGAAUGCAACAGGGCCGCCAGAGAUUAUUAUUAAGAAAGAGUAUAAUGAAGAUGAAACUGUGACCUGUGUGGUGCUCGCUGAUAACAGUCAUCUUAAAUUGUCAGAAUGCUUGCCACUAUCUCGCGCUGGAUUGCGUUCAAAGAGGAUGGUGGUGAUACUUAAGGAUGCACUGGAGAGAUUGUGGCCGGUCCUUUGCCUUGAACAAACUUCGUUGACAAGUGGAUGGCCAGAUUUUCGAAUAGCAAAUAAUAUUAAAUCAGGUGAUGCGUGUGAUUUUCGGGUUGAGGACAAGUCUAAAUGUAUCGUUGCUGUAGAUAUUCACCACAAGUGAUGUUAGUCGAGUCAUGUGCUGCGAUGUUUAGGCGUUCUUUUGCUACCUCUCUGCCUUGUGUACUAUAAUAGUUUUGUAUCAACGAAAACCUGAGCACUGUUCUUAAAUUAUAUUACUCUUGUUAUUAUCCUAUCAUUACUUUGGUUUUGUUUUUCAAUUGAAGAUCAUUUUUCAUGUCAA